AAGUAAGCAAUGCCUCCAGAUCAAAGCCAGCAGCAGCAUACAACUGAAAAACAAUGGCCACUCUCUCCAUUCCUCUCCAACAAAGGGCUUUCUCCUUUCGGAGUUAUUCUUCCGCCAAGCACAAAAUUGCUACUUCCACUCUCCAAGAUCUUCACUUCCCAACCCAAAUCAGAUGUUCUUCUACAAGGGAUUGUUCCAAAGCUGUAGAAUGUUUGGCCCAGUUUAAGGAAAUCAGGAAUGUGGCUUGUGGGAUUCUUGCUGUUUGGGCUGUGACUGCUGUUUCACCUGUUAUUGCUGCAAAUCAGAGGCUGCCGCCAUUGUCAACCGAGCCAAACAGGUGUGAGCGUGCGUUUGUUGGUAAUACGAUAGGUCAAGCUAACGGCGUCUAUGAUAAACCACUUGACCUUCGAUUUUGUGAUUACACGAACGAGAAGACCAACCUCAAGGGGAAGUCUCUGGCUGCAGCCCUCAUGUCGGAUGCCAAGUUCGAUGGUGCAGACAUGUCUGAAGUUGUGAUGUCAAAGGCUUAUGCUGUUGGAGCUAGUUUCAAGGGGACAGACUUCUCGAACGCUGUGUUGGACCGUGUGAAUUUUGAGAAGGCGAAUCUCCAGGGAGCCGUGUUCAAGAACACCGUCCUGUCGGGAUCCACCUUCAAUGACGCUCAACUUCAAGACGUAGACUUUGAGGACACCAUCAUCGGUUAUAUCGAUCUCCAGAAACUGUGUGUGAAUAAGACCAUUGGUGAUGAAGGAAGAGCUAACCUGGGAUGCCGAUAGCUUCUCUUUCUACCUUGCUAUCAGUUUCUUGCAUCCUCUUUAAAGAAAGAAAGGCCACCCAAUUCUGGUUGUAAUAUCAGUACAUGGAAACGAAAUCUUGUCCAGCUUUUUGUUUGGAGGAUGAACUGUUGAAGAUUGUGCUUUCUUGAAUGUACCUUUAGCUUGACACAAUAUGCAUCUUUUAUUGUAUACUAAUAUUUCUAUCUCAA